CAUUUACCUAUUAGAAAGUCCGCUACUCAUCGCUGUACGCUACAUCUUGUUUCCUUAUUUCUAAACAUCGAAGCGUCGCGACAUUAACCUGAAUACCACAUCAGCUCCACGGGUCCAGGUUCAGAUUACGCUCCAAGGCACGAAUGGUCCUUUGUCUCCAAUAACCCAAAGACCGACCCCAAUAUGUCGUCGAGGCAGGAUGGCUUUAGUGGUGACAACAAACUUGCUACCAGCAAGGCACUGGCCUCCAGUGUCAACGAAAAUCCUCAUGCAAUAAAACUAGAACACAACAGUUACACGGUCGGGUGGGUAUGUGCGCUGCCAAAGGAGCAGACGGCUGCGACAGCAAUGCUAGAUGAAAUCCAUCCACAUCUACCAAAACCACCAAGCGACCCUAAUACUUACACCCUGGGGUGCAUUGGGAGGCACAACAUCGUUAUAGCCUGCUUACCGAAAGGCCAGUACGGCACGAAUUCAGCAUCGGCGGUUGCAACUCGGAUGGUAGGCACUUUCCCAUCCAUUAAGGUUGGCCUUCUGGUCGGCAUAGGCGGCGGCAUUCCACCAAAAGUCAGACUCGGGGACGUCGUGGUCGGUACGCCCGUUGAUCAGUGUUCAGGGGUGGUCCAGUGGGAUCUGGGCAAGGCAGAAGUAGAGGGUGGCUUCAAAAGAACCGGCAUACUCAAUAACCCCCCGACGGCACUGCUGACGGCAUUGACGAAGCUAGAAACGAUGCAUGAGAUGAGCGGACCCAGGAUAUAUCAGUAUUUGGAUGACAUGGAGCAGAAAUGGCCUAGAUUGAUGCCAAAGUAUACCAGAUGUGAUUCUCUUGUGGAUCCUUUGUCCGGUUCCGACAAUUGCGCUAGAGAAAGCCAACACGGAGAAGGACAUGUGCACUACGGUUUAAUAGCGUCCGGUAACCAGGUUAUCAAGGACGCUCAUUUCCGUGAUAAUCUAAACAAGAGCCUCGGCGGCAAUGUGUUGUGUGUUGAAAUGGAAGCAGCUGGGUUGAUGAACAACUUUCCGUGUGUUGUGAUCCGGGGCAUUUGCGAUUAUGCGGAUUCAGAUAAGAAUAAAGCUUGGCAGGAGUAUGCUGCAGCUGUUGCAGCAGCGUAUGCAAAGGAGCUUCUUGAGUAUGUCCAGCCAAGUGAUCUUAAUGAGGAGCGCCCAGUGAAAGACAUGCUUGACGACGUCUUGGAUUGUGUAACAAGAACCCAGGCCGACGUUGAAACAAUGAAGUCGAACUUCGAUAGAAAUGAAGAACUCGAAGUCCUUGAAUGGCUUACACCAAUCGACUACGGUCCUCAACACAGUGACAUCUUGAAGAGACGACAGUCAGGAACUGCGCAGUGGUUCUUAGACUCUGCAAUAUACCAGACAUGGAUAAGCUCAAACAAGCAGACGUUAUUCUGUCCCGGUAUUCCCGGCGCAGGAAAAACAAUCUUGACGGCAGCAGUCAUUGAUGACAUUACUGCCCGAUUCCUACAUGACAAAUCCGUUGGGAUUGCGUAUGUCUACUGUGACUUUCGCCGGAAAAACGAGCAGAGCGCGGAAGACUUAAUAACAAGUCUCCUAAAGCAAUUGAGUCAAUGCAGGCCAUCCCUCCCAGAUAUUAUGCGCAGCCUCUAUGAUCGUCAUAGACAUAGACGGACUCGACCAGAAUUCGACGAAAUUGCAACGACACUCCGAUCUGUGGGUGCUAUGUACUCGAGAGUCUUUAUUAUAAUCGAUGCGCUCGAUGAAUGCCAGACAUCUAAUGACUGUCGAACAAGAUUUAUAAAGGAGAUUCUGAACUUCCAGGCAACUUGCGGUGGAAAUAUAUUCGCCACUUCAAGAUUCAUUCCGCAGAUCACUGAGAGAUUCAAAAACUGCACGACACUAGAAAUCCGCGCACAUGAUCAAGAUGUUCAGAAAUAUUUAAGAAGUAGGAUAUUGCAAUGUGAAUCGAGGCUAUUGGCCUCACACAGUGAGGAGAUCCAAACUGAAAUCACGAAAGCUGUCGAUGGAAUGUUCCUGCUAGCACAGCUUCACUUCGACGCUGUGAAAUCGAAAAAAACCACCAAAAGAGUAAAGGAGGCUUUGAAAAGCCUUCCAAAGGGGUCUGAAGCAUACAAUGAUGCAUACGAAGAUGUGAUGCAGCGAAUUGAAGAGCAGGACAUAGAUUCCCGGAAACUUGCACACGAUGUUCUAUCGUGGAUCAACUGUGCAAUGAGGCCGCUCAAUACAUUAGAGCUUCAACAUGCACUUGCUGUAGAAGCGGAGUCAGAAUUCGACAAAGACAACAUUCCGUUCCUGGAUGACAUUAUCUCUGUCUGUGCAGGCUUGGUCACAGUUGACGAAGAAAGUGAUGUCAUUCGAUUGGUACAUUAUACAGCACAAGAAUUCUUCCAACGAACGUGGACCAGGUGGUUCUCAAACGCACAUCACGGCAUUGCGACAGCUUGUGUCACAUACCUCUCUUUCGACCCCUUCAAAGCAGGCCCCUGUUCCACAGACGCGGAUUUUGAAGCGCGAUUAGACACAUACCCCCUUUUCUCCUAUGCAGCGAGGAACUGGGGUCAUCAUGUUCGGACACAACAAACGGGAAUAAGCUUCAUAAGAAGUAUCAAGUCAGAUUCAGGAGAUAUUGAUGGUCGCACCCCACUAGCGUGGGCAGCAUGCAAUGGCCAUGAGCGAGUGGUCAAACUUCUGGUUGAGAAAGGUCUUGACCUAGGCUCGAGAGAUAUCUUCGGCCGUACUCCACUAUCAUUAGCCGCCUCGAAUGGUUUUGUGGGAGUGGUGAAGCUCCUAGUGGAGAUUGAUUCAGAUCUAGAUUCUAGAGACGCAGAAGAUCGAACCCCUCUAUCAUGGGCCGCAUACAAAGGUCAUAUAAAAAUUGUGCAAUUGUUGCUGGAAGGUGGUGUUGAUCCAGACUCC